UUGUUGUGUAUCUGGUGUGUAUAAUUUGAAUAGCUCCUGUCACAGCCAUCCUGCACGGUGCACCUGCACAUUUCAAAAAGCAUUAGUCGCGCGCUCAAACGACUGUUUGGAAUAGUGAGGAGAGCAUCGCCAACGGAUUUUUUUCUCUACAUUUACCCUAUUUUUUUCAGAGAAACAUUGAAGAAACGGUAGUUAUAUAGAAGAUACAAACGAAAAUGUCUUGAAUUCAACAUCUGAUACCAUACCAACCGUCCCUUGACAAUGGGGUUCGAGGAAAUGUACAAUAUCAAGGAGGAAUGCCCGACAACUGUUUUGAAAAAAAACGAGGUCAACAUAAUUUCUCCGAAACAGAACAUUGUACGGAUAUGGAAUUUAUUCAUCGCCCUAACAUCGUUGGUGGCUGUGACAGUGUCUUUAUUUGAGCUGUUCUUCAACUCCGCUAUCCCUGUCGUUGUCGGGAUAAGAUACUGCCUGGAUGUGAUCUUCCUGUUGAACAUCAUCUCACGCUUUUACAUUGGAUAUGAAAGUAAUGGUGUAGUCAUAAUUGAUUCUAAACCAGUGCAGAGAAAAUAUCUCCGAACAUGGUUUAUCAUGGACCUGUUGGCUGUUCUUCCCUUUGAGACUCUGAGAUAUGCCUCGCCUGAAUUGCAUUUUAUGCAUAUCAAUCGAUGUCUAAGAGUCUUACGGCUGUUUGACAUAUUAUCGUCCUUUGGAAAAGAACCUGACACCAACAAGAUACAUGUUGCAGUCCUGAAUUCCUUUUCUAUUGUUGUCCUCAGUGUUCAAGUCUCUGCGUGUGCCUGGUACAAUCAGGUGUGUAUAGCUGCUCAUGGUGGCCAUCCAAGGGAGUGUCCAAAAGAGGAGAACUGGUUACAGCUGUUGCCAGAGUUCUCAACCAAUUUGACAGGAGUAACAGAUUUAGAGUUUUAUGCCACGUCACUAUACUGGUCUGCAAUAACUCUAUGUUCUGUGGGCUAUGGAGACAUACAUGCUAUGAAGAUCCCGGAGGUUAUGGUUGCCUCACUGGUAAUGGUGCUUGGUUUAUUUGCCUUCAUUGGAGUCAUCGCAACUGGAAUGAGCUCCAUAAUUAGCAAUCUGGAUGCCCGGAGAGGAAGGUUCUGCCAUCGAAUGGAGUCCAUUUGUCUUCAUAUGAAACAAAUGGGAUUGCCAGAGGAAGUUCAAACAUGGGUGCAUAAAUAUUACUAUUAUCUGUGGACGCAUCGCAAAGGCAGUAUAAUCGCUGGCCUACUGGAUGACCUUCCUUUUGCGCUACAUUCAGAAAUAUCCUCUGCUUGUUACAAACCUCUGAUGAAAAAGACAUCCCUGUUUCAUGAUACCGAAGAUGGCUUCAAAAGGGCUUUGUCACUUAAAUUCAACACCUACACAUACAGUCCUGGACAAAUUUUGGCAAAGCCUGGAGAAAUCAAUCAAAAUGCAUACUACAUUGAACAUGGAGUGGUGCAGGUAUUAGGAGAUAAUCAUUGUGACAAAGUUGCCCGUUUGCUACCUGGAUCGUUAAUUGGAGAGGCUUAUCUGAUGUACAGAAUUCCGAGAAACACUACGAUUUGUGCAGCAACAUUGUGUGAAAUUUGUGUGUUGGAACGCAGUGAUCUUCUUGCAUUGUUUGCGGAUUACCCAGAAGCUGGUUUGAAGAUAGCAAGAACAGCUCAAAAACGGCUGCAUAAUGUUAAGCAUCCUAUUAGGGAAGCCUUUGCUCUAGGAGUGGCAUCGAACCCCCAGAAUGUGGUUUUUCAGAAGGAUUUAAGUGUAAAUCUGUUGCCAAGGGAUCAGAAGAUUUUUACAUUGUUUAUGGAAUAUCUUGCAAACCAGUCCCACAAUGUCUCUUCACCAGUUAAAACAUCUACAGAUGUGAAACGGUCUUUUUGGAUGACAACUAUUCGACCAGAUGGCAUUUUUGCUCAGAAGUGGGAGGUUUUUAUGUUUUGGUGUAUCACCAUUUCAAUUUUUAUCGAAACAUGGGUACUUUUUUUCACCAACAACCUAGACACAAAGGGCUUUUACAAUGAAGGAUGGGGUGUGUUCUAUCUUACAAUCAGCUCAUUGGUUGAUGUUUUUGCCAUUAUCGACAUAUUUGUGAACCUCCGCACAGAAGUUUUUACAAAAGAUGGCUAUCAAGCUGACAUAAUGGGUAUUUUUGACAACUAUCGAAAAUCUUGGAAUCUAUAUUAUGACGUCCUGGCUGUUGUCCCUUUGGACUUCUUCUCUUUUACAACAAGUGGAGAAGCACAUUGGAGAGUUUUAGGCUAUGUCCGAUGGAAUCGUCUUAUUUGGAUUCGGAAGGUGUGUUUGUUUUUCAACAAAAAAGAAAAUGACAUGGAUAAGAACCUGUUUGAGCUAAGAACGGCUAAAUGUCUUUUCCUCCUGAUUUUCUCUGUGCACUGCUGCUCUGGAGUAAUGUAUCUCACAGGCUGCAAGGACUUCAGGUGUGAUGAAGAGUCAUGGGCCUGGAACACAGGACUGAAAGCCAGCCAUAGCAACUUGUAUCAUUAUAUGAUUUCUGUUUACUGGACCACAACAAGCAUGACAACCAUUGGAUAUGGUGACAUUGUUCCCAACACUAUGAAAGAGCGACUUACUGCUGUGUUUGUUUGCUUCAUUGGCUUGUUUGUCUUUAACUACAUUAUCAGUCAAGUCUAUGCCACAUUGGCCAGUCAGAAUGCUGCCAGGGUUACAUUUCAGAAUCUCCUCUCAGCUAUGACCAACUUCAUGGAAAGCCAUGACCUUAGUGUAUCUCUUCAAACAAGGGUCACUGAGUAUAUGAGUCUUCUUUGGUCAAAGUACCAGGGUCAAGCAUACCCAGGGGGCCAAUUUUUAAUGCAUGACUUGCCAAUCGAACUUCAACAGAUUGUCCUGAUGAAAGAGAGAGGGAGGUUCUUGUCAAAGAUUCCUUAUUUCGAGCAAGCUGGACAAGCGUUCAUUCGGGACCUGGCAUCAACCUCUGUCAUGUAUUUCUUUCCCAGAGGGGAGAUCAUCCAGUACAGUGAAACUAUUACCAGAGAACUAUUUUGCAUUCGAAGAGGGACUUGCCAGAUUCUAAGUGAUGACUUGUCUGAAAUUGUUGGACUCUACGGUGAAGGAAUGUAUUUCGGGGAGGCUGGAUUUUUGUUUGGAAAACAAGCUACAAUGACCGUCCGUGCAAAGACUCAUUGUGAGAUAUUAGUGAUCGAUUUUGACAAAAUUAAAUCUGUUCUGGAGAGAUACCCGGUCAUUGAAAGCCAAAUUACAGAAUUGCAAUCAACACCAGAGUAUUACAACACUUUACUGCAAAGCGUUGAAGAAAUUAUGAAGUCUGAGGAACAGGAUGAUGACACACUAAAGAAGAAAGAUGCCUCGUUGACAUAUCAAGGUCGUCGAUAUGCCAAGAAGUCGAAGUGUUAUAUUGAGGAUUUUGGAAACUUCCCAAUCUAUGCUGGAGCAGAGGAAGAAACUGUUGAGGAAAAACUUCUGAAACUGAGCAAAACUAAACGGAUACCUCCCACAACAAGAUAUAGUGGUGCCAUUUUGCCUAGCAAUCCACUGUACAUCCGAUGGGAAUGUUUCCGAUUUGUUUUGGCCAUAACGGUCAGCAUCAAUAGCUCUCUUCUUUUUGCUUUUCUCCACUACAAAAAGGAACUCUGGAUUUUGUCCUAUAUUCUGGGCCUUUUUUGCUGGAUUGACAUUUAUAUCCGUUUGCAUGUUGCUUUUUACAAGGACAAUCUCAAAGUGGACACGCUGGAAACGGCAAAGCACUAUGUGAAGACAAGCUUUCUAAUAGAUCUCAUCAGCUGUUUUCCUUGGGAAGUUAUUGGUUGGAUGGUGGUUUCCCCUUUUGACGAGAAUGGAUUUUACUCCAACAGUGAAGCGCUGCACCUAUAUGCAUAUCUCAGAGCCCCUCAUCUUCUCCAGUUAUAUCGGAUUCCUCUUGCAUUUUCAUUCUGGCAAUCAGGGAUUGCAACCGAAAAGACGAUUGUCACAUUUGCUAAGUUCUUUCUGUAUUGCGUCCUUUUUCUUCACUUCAGCACUUGCAUCGUUUUUGCAAUUGUAUGCCCUCCAGCAGACUUGUUUGGUGACACAACCAAUUACUUAUUGCCUAUGGUAAAGCACAACUGUUCAUCACAGUCCUGGGCAUAUCACAUGGACUACACGUUUAACGUGGUGUAUGAAACGGCUACCUUCACAGAACUGUAUUGCAUAAGUUUAUAUUUUGCAACUGCAACGCUCAGUGGUGUAGGCUAUGGUGAUAUACAUCCUUAUCUAACCUCUAUGAAAAUUACCAUGGUCUUCAUAAUGGUGUCUGGAGCAUUGUAUUGUGGUUAUGUGGCUGGUACAUUUGCUGCUAUGUUAGCCAAUGCAGAUGCUACAAGGGCAGCUUUUACUGAGAAAAAGGAAAGCAUACAACUAUUCUUGAAGAGUCAGAAUAUUACAGGGCAUCUAUAUCACAAUACUGUGAACUUCUAUGCUUUCAAAUGGAUAAGAACGAAAGGAAUAGACCAAGACACACUGUUUGAGUAUUUGCCAUCAUCUCUACUCGGAGAUAUAUCUACCAUUAUCUACUCUGACCUUAUUGCAAAGGCAUUUGGACUUGAUAUCAAGAGGAAGCAGCGAAGGAACCUAGUGGCACAACAUUUAUCCCCACUCGAGAGAACAUUAUCUGGAAAGCUUGAUGGACCCUUUUUUCACAAAAUACUGAGAAAAGAGAGUGUGGACCAAUUGGAAACAGAUGGAGGAUUCAUUCGGUUACUAGCUAGACAGAUUCGACCGUGCCUUUACAGAGCUAAUGACCUGAUAUGCAAAAGAAAUGACUUUGGAUCUGAGAUGUAUUUCAUUGAAAAGGGAGAAGUAGAAGUCUUGUCACAGGACGAGUUGACUGUUAUCAUCAAACUGAAUGCCGGACAAUACUUUGGAGAAGGAAGCCUUCUGUUUGCAGAACCUCGUGCAACCACAAUAAGGGCUGCCACAAAUUGUGAUCUGUAUGUCCUCUCCAAGAAAAGCCUUGAUGAAACUGUCAAAUACUAUCCAGACAUUUGCAAACAGAUCAAGAAAGCUGCAGAAACGAAACGUGAACAGCUACUGCAAAGAACAAUGGACAUGUCAAAAGUUCAGAAGAAUGUUUCAGCAACUGACAUACUUAUGAAUGACACCGGAUAUAUAAAGCUUUACAAGACAUGCAUGGCAGAAGAGGAAAAUAAAGCAAAGUUUAAAGACUUGCCAUUUCAUGUCCGAAUUAAGACAAGCAUCACUCAAUUCUUGAUCAGUUUUCUGUUGAAUGUCAUCAGAAUCCACAACACAACAAUCAAUCCGGAAAGCACAGUACGUGUUGUGUAUCAGUACACAUCUUGCCUUCUGAUCAUCAUUCUGUUUUGGGCGAUAACAUAUAUGCCAUCUGUGUUCAAUCUUGACCGAGGCAUCUUUUUGUUAACUAUGAUUAUCGAAUACAUUCAAAUGAUUGAGAUCAUUUUGAAAUUUCAUAUUUGCUUCUAUGAUGAAAGUGGAUCAUACAUCUCAGACUACAGAUCUGUGUCACUGAGCUAUAUGACGAGGAAAGUGGGAUACAUUUAUGAUGUCAUAUGCUCAUUCCCAUAUGCAUUUACAAUUUUGCACCUCAUGAAUCAAGUGUCACCGUCAGCAUUUCUGCCCAUAAUAGUAUAUGUUCGCACUUUUCAUCUACUCCGGAUUCUGACUGUACUUGUCUUCAUGCACAAGGAGGAGCAAUCCAUCAUAACUAACUUACUUGCCAUACGAAUCAUCAAGUACUUGGUCCAUGCAAUCCUGUUUGUCCACUGUACCGCAGUUUUAUUUCUUUUAUUUGCUUUGCAUGGUGGCUUUAUUUCAUGGGUUGUCAACACAGAAGAAGUGUUUUACCUCCCUGAUAUUUACACCUACUCCGUAUAUUGGACUUUAGCAACUUACACAACAACAGGCUAUGGUGAUAUCCGUGCAGUGACAUACAGAGAAUUGUUAUUCUCCGUUUUGAUAAUGAUUCUUUCCAAGAUGCAAGUCAGUUAUAAUAUGGGACUUCUCUCAUCCACUCAAACAAACAAGCAAUCACUUCAAGUGGCGUAUGAAGAGAAGCUGCAGGCAGUCCAAAACUACAUGAUGGAUGAGAACAUUCCAUCGGCGCUGCAAAAUCGCGUAAUCCGAUUCUACAAUUACCGAUGGACACGCACCAAAGGGAUGGAUUCAGAAGAAUUGUUCAAAGAUACACCUCAUUGUAUGAAAGUUGAAAUUUUCUCAAGAAUAAGCGUGAAUCUACUGAAGAAAAAUCAGCUCUUCACUCACCUCUCAGAAACAUUCCUGCGACACUUGGCAACGAAAAUGUUGCUGAAAAGCUACACCUCUGGGGAAUACAUCAAUAGAAGGGGAGACUCUGGCCGUGGCAUGUUGCUGAUCCUGAUUGGUAAGGUGAAACUUUGCUCAUGGAGAACUGGAAAGGAGGCCAUUGAGUAUCUUACAACUGGAGCCGCAUUGGGAGUUGACUUGCUGCUGAAAUCCAAGUUGUGUAGAUACACUGCCAUUGCUGAUAACUAUGUGGAUAUAUUUUUCCUGUCAAAAGAGCACUUUGAAGAAGUUGGGUCGUAUUACCCAGAUGUCAUGAAUAAGCUGCUAAAGAGAGCCUCAAACGUUAUCAACAUGUACUAACUAACUGACUUAGGUACCCCCUUUCCCUACUAAGGUAUACAGGCUGGAAAGAACUCCUUUGUAAUUCUGUUUACAUUUUUUUUGUGACCAAAGAUGACUUGUUGACUGAAAAUAUACUAUUAUAGAAUAUAUAUUUAUAUCCGUUUAAGUAAAUAAUCUAGAUGUAUAGCAAUAAUUGACGAAAUAAAUGUCUCAACUGUUUUAAAUAUGCUGGAACCCAAUGUGAAUAAAGUGUACUUAUUGUUUAACUGGA